CGCGAGGGGGUUGCCGGGAUGGGGGUCGGAGCCAACAUGGAGCCCUCAAUGGGGUGAGGGUGAAACUGCCAUUGCUGGUGGCUCCUGUUCUCCCGCCCCAUCAUGUUGGUGCACUUAUUUCGGGUUGGGAUUCGGGGCGGCCCUGUCCCAGGCAGGCCGCUACUACCCUUCUGCUUCCAGACAUUCUCGGCCGUCAGGUGCCCAGAGGGCCACCACAGCUCCUGCCUCCUCAGGGCUGUGGCCCAGCUGCGCUCCCAGCUCCGGGCCCGCCUUCCGCGAGCGCCCCCAGCUCCCCACCGAAGCCCUUCCGCCUGGCGCUGGGUUGGGGGCAUCCUCCUGGGCCCCGUGGUGCUGAGUAAGUGCCCCCGCCUCUGUCUUGUGGCGCUGUGUGAGGCAGAAGAGGCCCCUCCUGCCUGCUCCAGACCCUGUGUCACGGAGUCCCGCUUUAACUGGAAGCUCUUCUGGCAGUUUCUGCGUCCCCACCUGCUGGUCCUGGGGGUAGCCGUUGUGCUGGCACUAGGUGCGGCACUGGUGAACGUGCAGAUCCCCCUGCUCUUGGGCCAGCUGGUGGAGAUCGUGGCCAAGUACACGAGGGACCAUGUGGGCAGCUUCCUGACUGAGUCCCGGAACCUCAGCACUCACCUGCUCAUCCUCUACGGCAUCCAGGGACUGCUGACCUUCGGGUACCUGGUGCUGCUGUCCCGCAUCGGCGAGCGCAUGGCCGUGGACAUGCGGAGGGCUCUCUUCAGCAACCUGCUCCGACAAGACAUUGCUUUCUUUGAUGCUAAAAAAACAGGGCAACUGGUGAGCAGAUUGACAACUGACGUGCAGGAAUUUAAAUCAUCCUUCAAACUUGUCAUCUCCCAGGGGCUGCGAAGCUGCACCCAGGUGGCUGGCUGCCUGGUGUCCCUGUCCAUGCUGUCCACGCGCCUCACGCUGCUAUUGAUGGUGGCCACACCCGCCCUGAUGGGAGUUGGCACCCUGAUGGGCUCAGCUCUCCGAAAGUUGUCUCGUCAGUGUCAGGAGCAGAUCGCCAGGGCAACGGGAGUAGCGGAUGAGGCCCUGGGCAACGUUCGGACCGUGCGAGCCUUUGCCAUGGAGCAGCGGGAGGAGGAACACUACGGAGCAGAGCUGGAGGUGUCCCGGUGUAAGGCAGAGGAGCUGGGCAGAGGCAUCGCCUUGUUCCAAGGGCUGUCCAACAUCGCCUUCAACUGCAUGGUCCUGGGCACCCUGUUUAUUGGGGGCUCCCUCGUGGCUGGACAGCAGCUGACGGGGGGAGACCUCAUGUCCUUCUUGGUGGCUUCCCAGACAGUGCAGAGGUCCAUGGCCAACCUCUCUGUCCUGUUUGGUCAGGUGGUGCGAGGACUCAGCGCAGGCACCCGGGUCUUUGAGUACAUGACUCUAAGCCCGAGCAUCCCGCUGUCCGGGGGCCACUGCGUCCCCAGGGAGCACCUGCGAGGGUCCAUCACAUUUCACAACGUCUGUUUCAGUUAUCCCUGCCGCCCCAGCUUCCAGGUGCUCAAAGACUUCACCCUCACGCUGCCCCCCGGCAAGAUUGUGGCCCUUGUGGGCCAGUCUGGGGGAGGAAAGACCACCGUGGCUUCUCUGCUUGAGCGCUUCUACGACCCCACAGCGGGCAAAGUGACGCUGGACGGGUGGGACCUGCGCACCCUGGACCCCUCGUGGCUCCGGGGCCAGGUCAUCGGCUUCAUCAGCCAGGAGCCAGUCCUGUUCGGAACGACAAUCAUGGAGAACAUCCGUUUUGGGAAGCUGGAUGCCUCCGAUGAAGAGGUUUAUGCGGCUGCCCGGGAAGCCAAUGCCCAUGAGUUCAUCGCCAGCUUCCCCGAGGGCUACAACACCAUAGUCGGUGAGCGGGGUGCGACCCUGUCUGGUGGUCAGAAGCAGCGCCUGGCCAUCGCCCGCGCCCUCAUCAAGCAGCCCACGGUGCUGAUCCUGGAUGAGGCAACCAGCGCACUGGACUCAGAGUCUGAGCGGGUUGUGCAGGAGGCCCUGGACCGUGCCAGUGCUGGCCGCACUGUCCUGGUCAUCGCCCACCGGCUCAGCACUGUACGUGGGGCCCACCGCAUCGUCGUCAUGGCCCACGGCCGUGUCUGUGAGGUGGGGACCCACGAAGAGCUCCUGAAGAAAGGUGGGCUCUAUGCAGAGCUCAUCCGGAGACAGGCCCUGGAUACCCCACCUCCUGAGACGCCCAGUGGCCCCAGGAACCGCCACCCCAAGUCCUGAUUAUGGCCUUCUAAGGUCUGGUCGCUGCUGAGCAUCAGUGCCCAGGGCCUCGGCUUGGCUCGGGGGAGCUCGCAGGGACUGAGCUCCUGGGAGGGCCAGCAUGCUGGGGUGUGGGCUGCUGCCACCGCUCCCCUGCUCACAAUAAAACCCGGCUGAGCACAGGGCUGGGAGGAGGUUGGGAGGAGGCUGGGACCACUCCCAUCCGCUCCCCAUCCUGCCGCCAGGCCACCUCUCUCCUGCCAGAGCCACAGAGUUAUUGGGCUACACAGGGCAAGAGCCAGAGUCCCUGGGCCCUGCUCUGCUCCCCGAUUUUGUUCAGACUCUCCCCACCCCUCUCAGAAACCCUGCCGAGUCCCUCACUCCCCCUGACAGUCCCUCGCUACCCCUGACAGCCUAGGGGUGUCCAGGCCCCAGCUCCAGGGGAUUUUACGAGUCAGGGUCUGCGAGGGGGUAUGAGCAUUCAGACUAGGUUCUUCCCCACACCUAUGGCCAGGACCUUGCUUUCCUAGACCGACCCAUGACACUGCUCCGUCCCCACUGCUUCUCUGGGCCCCGGGAGAAGGAGCCCACCCCUUGGGCCAACACCUUGAACCCACAGUCCCCAUCCUCAGAACAACUUCCUUCUCCCUGCUUCAUUAACACAGACCUUUUUCUAGAUUUUGCCCUCCCCUCAUCCAAAUGCAACAGAUGACACACACACGCAGACAUGCGCGCUGGCUCUUGGGGAGGGGUAGGAGGGGCAGGCGCACUAUGGACGGUCCCACGAGGAGCUCCCAGCUGGCCUGGCUGUCUAACCUCUGCCCUGGCACUGCAUGCAAGUCUGUCACCAAGUGAGAUUGUGGACAGCCCCAUUUCUAUGGGAGGACACUCAGCUGUGAAGGGGACAGAAGGAGCUGACACCCUAGAUUCCAGCCACAGGGCACGUGGUGCCAACAGUCACCAAACACUAGGGGGCAGUUAAUGCCAAGCCCCUCAGGCUGACACAAUAUGAUACCAGUCUAAGAAGGAGUGGUCACUGCCAGACCAAGAGAAGGUGGGACUGGAGCCUCACCUUGAAAGAGGAUGGGCCAACUGCCCACACGGCAUGAGUCUGUGGCCCUACAGCUGUGAAUGAGGUGGGGCUGGAUUCCCUUCAGAUUCUGCGGACCUGGGAGCAGCCAGGGUUUCCCACCAGCCCUCCUCAUGGACUCCCAGAGCCAGCUGUCUCUCCUGCCCUGAUUCUGCCCAUGUCACUUCCCACUGGGAAACCUUACCCCACGGCCAUGUCCAAGCUGAGGACUCCACUCAGCUCUGCUCCCUAGGGUGGGGAAGAGGGUUUGCCUGUGCCGGACCUUUGAGCCAGCCCAGCGUUUUGUAUUUAUCCUGUGGCACAGAAGGGUGGUGCUGUGUUUCAGGGGGGCAGCAGCCAUGUGUUGGAUGAGCAGAGCUGGCUGCCGCUGGAGGCCAGCCUGGAGGAGAGGUGUGAGUGCAGGAGCCAGGGGUGAAAGACCCCGCAGCCUCUGGGUGUGGUUUAGGGCAAACCGCCUGAAGUAUCCCAGGGCCACAGCCACUCUUGUUUGAUGCCCCACUUCCUGACUGCUCAGAGGUCACAUUCCAGGGCAGCCACAGCCCAGGAAGCAGAGUGCGGCGGGCUGGCUCCGGGUUGCUUUGCCACUAAACACCCCCCUAGUGCAUCCAAGAGCAGGCCUCAGCUCCCCAGCCAAGCCCACACUGGCCUGCCGGGCCCCACCCUCAAGGGAGAGCCUGCCAAGGCCAGCUCCGGCUCCACCAGCUCCAGCCCAGCCUCAGGCCGCCCAAGACAUCUGACACCAGAUUUGAGGUCUCUCCUUAUCUCUUCAGGGUGGCCUCUCUGAAUCCUGCCUCCCCACCCCAGGAAAGUAGUGAGACCCAUGGCGAGCGCUGGGCAGGAAGGCCCUGCAGUGGGCUGCACACUGGCCAUGGAGCCUUGACCUCAGCCCUGGCUCCCGCAGCUAGUCAAGGUAGAUCGUAAGUCUGGCUGUGCUUCGUCUUGAAAGGUUGUUUUAAGAGUUUAAAUGGGAUAAUCUGUGGGAGAGUACUCAAAACUCACAAUGCUGCAGCCUCAGAAGGUGGUCAUAUCUGUGCAAUAAACCCUGUUAUCCACUCA